ACAAUGUCUGUUCCAGUUGAUUCGUUGUGUAUUGAGCAGUUAACUUUCAAAUAAAUUUGUUGUUCAUAUUGAAGUUUGCAAUUUAUAAAAAUAAUAUAGUAUUCGAUUUUCUAGAUAUAUCUGCAUACGUACAAAUAUUUGCAUAUAUUUUUUAAAGAUCUUUCAUUGAAUAGGAACAACAAUAUAACGUAUAAUCUGAAAAUGCUGCCGAAUAUGCGUACACGACGAGUUGUUGGUCUACAUUUGACUGGCAAAGGGUAUGGUCCUCAAGCGAAAAUACCACCGAAGUAUACGGAAGAAGACUGGGACUUCAAUAAUCAAGUGAAAUUUCGCAUAACCUGCGAUCAGGAACGUUUAGCUGAGCGAAUUGUGGAGGAAUCACAACGGAUUGUGGACGAAACCAAAGACACUACUAAAAGCUGGCAGCGUGAAGUUGAGCAUCAUAUGCGCGAGCGUACCAGUGAAAUUCGUUUCUUAUUGGAUGAAUUGAAUAGGCAAAAGAAAACGGCCAUGCUGGAGGAUGAAGCGCUCAAUACAUAUCGUAAUCGCGUACUCAACGCUAUUGAAUUUCUGAAAGAGAAAUCGUUGGCGAUAAAUCAGCGUUGUCAGAUCCUACGAGAGGGCCGUAUUGGUGUAGACUUGUGUGAUGACGAGGUGGAUCGAUGUUUGCGGCGCGAGUUGAAGGUCAUUAAAGGUUGUCAGUGUUUAAUGGAUCGAGCACUGAAGGAGGCGACCGAACAGAUACGUAGUCUACGCGCUACAAUGUAUCUGCUAGAUAAGGAUUUGGCGCAGAAGGAUAAAUCUCUUUUAAUCGAUGAAAAUAAUUUAACACUACGAGAGACUCAACGCAAUUUGGGUCAAGGAAAGGAUCUAUCAAAUCUAGAAUGUCGUUACUCACUGGGCGAGUGGCAACAUACAACAUACAAGAACAUUGAAGACAACGCCAAAGAGUUGAAUUCAGCCUCACAGUUGCGCGCUUAUAUUGAUUUGCUGUUGAAGCAGGUGUGCGAGGACAUGCAGAAUCAAACAGAUCGCACCAACGAGGCUUUCGAACGGCGCAUUGCCGAAAUGAAGCAUGUUAAGAAAUGUUUGGAGGACAAACAUAACGAUUGUAUGACUCAUAUACAUGAGAUGCAACGCAACAUACAGCAGCUGGAAAAAGAGCUCGCCGAUAAGCAGCGUUCUUUGACUCUCUGUCAGACGCGCUUGAGCAAUCGAGCACGUCGUCCUGGCCUUGAGUUGACCUGUGACAGUGUGCAGGAUGCGCUCUAUCAUGAAAUGGAGGCCUUGCAGGCGUCAAUAUGCAAACUCAAUCUGAAGAUCAAUGAAAAUAAAGCUUCGUUACGCUAUUUGUUACAUGUACAGAUAAUGCAGGAGGAGGAGAUCAACAUUAAAGCUAACAGUAUCAAAAUUGACGAAGUUGACUGCAUGACCAUUAGGCAAGCACUUAAAUACCAAUCAUUCUAAAUUACAAAGCGGUCGAAUGCAGUCGAAAAUAAUUAUAUAAUUGUAGUUUUCAUGUUUACAUGAGCCACAUAGAAACACUGCCAUUUACUAAUCGUACUAUUUCAAAUAAAUUAGCCGCGUUCACGA